AUGGAUGAGCCAGUCUGUGCCUUAGAGUUUCCAGCUCAGCGAGCGUUGAUGGCUUUAGAUGAUUCCCGUCCGUGUUCUUCAAGCGGAGACGAAUAUCCACUGGUCCCAUCUUCGUUCGCCGCAGCUGAGAUCCCACCGGGCCUGUUAGACCAUGACGAGCUUGACUCGCUACAGGGAGACGACUUGAAGAGUAUCCGCGAUUACGGAUACCAUUCUUCGGCGUCUUCAACGGGGCAUUCAAGUGAACGGGAUUUGGAGGACGAGAGAUUGCUGCGCGCGCCAUCCAGCACGUCGAGUCACUCGUCCGUGUCUUCAAUUCCUCCCUCUGCACUUGUGCAUUCGUCUGAUGCUUUGAAAUUGCCAGAGACUGUUGGAACGCGUCAACAUACCUACCACCACAGCGGUGCAUUUCGAAGACAGAAUUCGGUGCCGUCCAUACAGAUACAUAGCGGCGAUGAGUCCGACAAAUAUGAGACGUCGUGGCGUGGGGGAGGCCAACACCAUUCGGGAUUCUCCAUGCGUUCUCCGGGCUCCCCGCCAAUGAAGCGAUUGCCGUACUAUUCGCCUAGGGGAUCAGCCAGCAAGCAGAGGAUCAGGAGGGAAUAUCCGCUGGUUCUUUUGCACUGUAAUCUACUUCCACCUUCGCUUCCUGUCAUCGGCUAUAACGGAGUCCCCAACCAGAAGAUCCUGAAGGAAGUCCUACCCACAAAGUACUACCGACGGUGGAAACUCCUAGGAGAGAAACUAGGCUCAGGUGUCCUCCGUGACCGUGGCGUCCUCAUCUCCCAUCCAGAAGACACCUACGACCUCCUCGAGGAGCGACUGCUCGAAAGUCUUGAACUCCAACAGCCGCGCCUGCACCACGGCCACUUCCUCGGACAACACGAGUACGACUCCGACAGAGACGAUGACGCAACGGAUGACGAGCAGGGAGAAGUAUGUCCGGACUGCGGCGGACGAGUCGUCACCUGCAAUGAUCAGAAUCGGAAAUGGGAGAUCAAAGUGUUCGCGGCGAAUGGGUUGAUGAGAGCUGGUGCGUGGGCUGCGGCUUGGAAGGAGAUGGAGAGGGUUGAUGUGGAGGUUGGGUUGUGGCUUCCGCGAGAUGUGAGGAGGGAGCUUGAGAGGCGGUUGAUGGAUGAUGAAAGCGAACAUAAAUUGCCGUCGGAGCCGAGCGAACCGGUCAGUGAGAUGAAUUGGCGGUCGUGUCCUCCGUCAGCACAAGAAGAGGCGCACAGCCAAUUGACAAAGAGCAGUUCUACCAUCAUUAAUUCUUCCCUUUCUCUUGCCUCGCCACCAGCAUCGCAAGGACAGGAGCAGGUCUCUCCGAACAUCAACCAGAAGUCGGCGGAAGAGAUCGACCUUCGAACAUUGUUGAUCAAUUACAUCUGCGUGUUGGCUAGUGACCGACGCAACGUCGCAAUUGGGAUUCUCAGCAUCUUUGUUGCAUUCCUGGCCAUCAGCAGUGCUCGGGUCGCACCUUCAACUUCCUCUUCAAAACUCCAAGCGUUUCCACAGGAGAAGGUUGCUUCUGUGCCAACGUCCGUCAUGAGCAAGGCGCAGCACCAUGGUAUAAGUGCGGAUGUGUCGAGCGUUUUGAGUUCUAUCCCAAGUUUCGUCGCGGACGAGUCGCAGGUUCCUUCAACAAAAGAAGACGGCGCUGCAGGUCUCCAAGUUCCAUAUUCCGGAAUGCCCACCACCUCUAGUGAGCUUGUUCCCGCUUCCAUGUCUACCGAAGCUGAAUGGCAGGAUUAUGUGGCCGUGGACGAUACAAGUGCAAAGAGUCCGGAAGCAUUCGAUCGACCUGACAUGGAGCUGCAAAGAACUUCAGUCAGCGUUGAUCAGUCUGAAGAGCCCAUGGUUGUGAUGGAACAAGCAAGUGACCAGACUCGUAAUGAUCACAGCACAGACUCUGACGGCGAAGUCUCGGGAAAGGAUGUGGAUGUCCAGAUUGAAUCUCUGGAGUUGACAGGAUUCGGCAAACCUGAGAGUAAUGCAGCGAACAGUAUUGGAGAGAUUGCUUGA